CGCCGUCCGCCCGGGGACAGUAUUUAGGAGCGGAGUCCGUCCAGGAGAGCAGACAACAGGUGCACCGGGCAGGACCGGGUCCUAAAGCGGUCUCAGAGGGAAGCGGAUGAGGUUUUACACAUGUAAUGGAAACUGAAGGUCCGUCUGAAACGUGGAGAUUCAAAUGACUGAACAAUAUGAGGACAAUGCUGAGAGAUUACGUAGGGAGGAGAAGACGCUGUCUCUUCAAGGGACAAAACGACGUCCAACACGUGUCUUAUAAGCGGUGGCGGAGGCGGAUCAUCCAGAGGAGCAGCAGUGAGGGUCCUGCUGCGAGCACCCCGCUGGCCACUGGGCGGCAGUGUGAGCCCAGCUUUGAGUUUGAUACAGUCUGCCAGAGACUGGAGCUGGACUCCCCACCGAGACACCAUGAACCAGGGCACAGGGUCCGACAGGGAAACCUUCAAGAGACAGCGUUGGCUGGACAGGUGUCCCACCGUGGCGAUGUCACUCCACUGAACACACCCCGCUUUACAGAAAAUGCAGCAGAACAGGGAUGGGUGUGGAGAGUGGCAGCUCAAGAACAUGCAAAUGCUCAACAGGCUGGUUCUGAUGAGAGAAGACAUGAGUUGCAGCCAUUCACUGUUCUGGACAAAGCUUCUCUGAGUCUGCAGGGAAAGUCAGCGAUGGAGUUGGCUGCACCGUCACUGCUGAACGACUACUACACUAAUCUUCUCGACUGCAGUUGUAAUGGUAUGAUUGCAUUAGCACUGGGCUCUUCUGUUUACCUUUGGAAUUCAGAAACUCACGCUCUGGUGGGAUCUUUGGACCCAGGACGACAAUCAGACCGUCAGUCUAUCUCGUGUCUGUGCUGGAGCAGAGAUGGCAGAUCUCUCUGCAUUGGGACCAGGCGAGGGGAGAUACAGUUGUGGGAUGUUGAACACCAGCAGAGUGUGAAAUGUCUGCCAUCACACCUGUCUGUGGUAAGAGCUCUUUCAUGGAAACAGCAGUUACUCAGCAGCGGCUCUGUUCUUGGACGUAUCCAUCACAUUGACCCUCGGGCUCCAACACCUCUGGUAGGUGCAGCCAUCCAGAAGGAUGGGAUCUGCAGCCUUCAGUGGUCGCCAGGAGGCGACUGGCUGGCAAGUGGCUCCACAGAAGGCCUUCUGUGUAUCUGGGAUGGUGACAUCACAGGGCUCACAAGGUUACAUCAGCCAAUCACUACAAUGAAACAGCCCAGCACUGUUAAGGCAAUGGGAUGGUGUCCAUGGCAGAGAAAGAUGAUCGCUACCGGAGGGGGAUGGAAAGAUGGUGAGCUGAGAAUCUGGGACACAGAUUCAGGGACUUGUGUGACUUCUGCCAACACAAAUUCACAGAUCUGUUCUCUACAAUGGGCUGAAAAGAAGAGAUAUCUGGUUACAGGUCACGGCCUUCCUCAGCACCACAUCACCUGCUGGACCGGGGAGUUUCCUUCCCUCAGUCCAACCUACCAGUUCACAGGUCAUUCUCAGCGAGUCCUGCAUGUGGCCUUAAACUCUGACAGUACUCAGAUCUUCUCUGCUGGAGCGGACCAGCGCUUUCACAUCUGGGACAUAUAAUUAUCAACACCACCAAACAUGGACGGUAAAUGUUGUUGAUAUCUGGCCAGACCUGUGUAAAUGUUCACAUACAAGUAGCUCAUUUUCUUGGAUAUGCCAAGUUGUAGAGGAUGCCCAUUUCCUGAACUAACCACAAUGUCAAGCUAGCUUACCACAGUUAUUUAUUAUCACCCUAACUUCAUGAACCACAACUGAAUGGUUCUAUUGAACUGUAAUGUGUAAAGCCAUUUCAUGAAUACUAAUUGGAUGACUGUGCUAAAGCUGUGAUACCAGUACAGCAAAAUCUUGAUCUUCUCUUGACUUUAACCUGUAUUUAAGCAGCCUUUUUGGACAGUCAGCAAUUGAAAGUUUUUGGUGCCUGUUCCUAUAAAUCCUUUGCUUUUCCUGUUUAUAGAUGUUGCCAUUGCUGUUUAUGCUAUUGUCUUUUGUUACAAUAUAAAGUGCACUAUAAAGCACUAUAUAAAAUAAAUGUAUUACUAUCAUUAUUAUUAUUAUCAUUAUUAUUAUUAGUCAGAUUUGAGAAAAUAUUCCAAAAGGAAUUGAUACAAAGAAGCUCACUGUUAAAUUACAUGGGAUUCAUUUCCUUAUAUUUGUUCAUGUGUGUUAUACUUUCUUUUUUACCUACACCUUAAAUGUAACCUCAUGGGAUAUGUAACUCAAUAAACAUGUUAUAUGGGGCAUGUUGAA